AUCCAAAUAAAUAACAGUGAUUUUAUGAAAUCAAUCAAUACAAGCCUUUACAGCAAUGUUCUCAAAAUUGUAAUGGAUUUUCCAAAUUUCGAAAGUGUAAAACUAGGGGAGAGAGAAGCUACGCAAAUAGCAAACUGCAACCUUCGACGGAUCGGUAUCCUGUACGAUUUGGUUAACUGUAACCUGCACACCGGCGAGUGGAGUAAGGUCCCCUUGGAAGAAUGUAAGAUGUUCAGGGUUUUGUCUGCUCUAAGGAUAUUCUACAUGUUACUGUGUUCAGAGGACAAUGUAGACCAGCUCGACGAUGUAAUCUAUGUAGCCGACUUUGGAAAUAUGCUGGGAUCACCGGUAUAUAUAGAUUACAAUGGCGAAAAUAUUGAUUUACUAAAGUCUAUUGCCAUGCUUUUGAAAAAUGCUAAAAAAAACAAAGAGGAAACUGCUACACCCGUUAAACGAGCUAAAAUAAGCGAUGACUGUACAGAAGAGGUAUGCGAAGUGCCAAUUUUGCAUCGACCGUCCUUAGAAUAUUUUGGGAGCGAGCACUACGCUAAAGCAGAGCCAGCACUCCUUCGAGACGUGAUAGACGAUUGGCCUGCUCUGCAUCUUUGGUCCGAUCCCAAUUACCUCAUCGAGAAGGCCGGCGAAACAACUGUCCCGGUGGAGAUAGGUUCAACAUACAGUAGCGAUGACUGGUCGCAGCAAUUGGUAAAAUUUAAGGAUUUUGUUGUCAACAGUUCGGGGCUAUGUUUAACAGCGGAAGCAUCCAGCCAACGUAACGUUCCAGUCUACUUGGCACAGUAUGAGUUAUUCGAUCAAAUACCGGAGCUGCGAGCAGACAUUUUUGUGCCGGACUAUAUUGGCAGAACUGACGUGAAUCCUCGAAUUAAAGCAUGGUUGGGCCCGAAAGGCACAGUAUCACCACUGCACACCGAUCCGAGCCAUAAUUUGCUUUGCCAGGUGUUUGGCAGUAAAACAGUCAUUUUGGCAUCUCCAGGGGAUACACCGAACCUCUACCCACACGACCAUUUCAUGUUGAGUAACACUUCCCAGGUGGAUGCGAAAAACGUUAACUAUGAGCGGUUUCCGUUGACCCGUAAGGUUCACUUCCGUCGGCUGGGGCUACGACGCGGAGAUGUCCUGUACAUCCCUCCUGGCUGGUGGCACUACGUUGAAUCUCGGACACCAAGCUUUUCCGUAAGCUUUUGGUUUGACUAGGAGCGGACAGCUCCCAACAGUGCUGGCUGGAUCAAUUAUGAUGUUCCAAACAUUUGAUACAGUGAAAGUUGCUUCGAAAAGCAACGUGGAAAGUAAGUGAACAAU